AUGGCUAAUCCUCUGCUUCAUCUCCUUUUGUUCGCACCCUUCCUCAUGCCAUUUUUUACUCUUGCUCAAGCCAAUGGUAGAUUAAUGGUAGGAACAUCUCUAACUGCAACUGAUAAGACCACCCCUUGGCUUUCACCUUCGAACGAUUUUGCAUUCGGGUUUCAUGAACUUAGUGAUAAGGAUUUGUUCUUGCUUUCCAUAUGGUUUGACAAAAUACCCGACAAAACCAUUGUUUGGUAUGCAAAUGAAGGUAAGCCUGUGCCAAGAGAGUCAAAAGUAGAGCUAACUGCAGACCGUGGGCUACUUCUAAGUGAUCCUCAAGGCAAUGAGCUAUGGAGUUCUGACUCUGUUAUUGAUGAAGCUGGAUAUGGUUUUAUGAACGAUACGGGCAAUUUUGUGCUCGUGCGUAGUGAUUCUGUAAAGGUAUGGCCCGUAUGGGAGAGCUUCAAAAACCCAACUGACACCAUGUUGCCUACGCAGAUAAUGGAGACUGAUGGAGUGCUUUUUUCUCGCCUGAAAGAAACUAACUUCUCAAGGGGAAGGUUUCAACUUCAUUUACUCCAAAAUGGGAAUCUUGUGCUUAAUACCCAAAACAAGGAGACCAGUUGGGCUUAUGAUGCUUAUUAUUAUAUCAGUGGCACUAAUGCUCCAAAUUCAAGCAGUUCUGGUUACCUGGUGAUCUUCAGUGAGACAGGUUACUUGUACAUAUUGAGAAGAAAUGGACAAAGAUUUGAGCUCACACCUAGAAUGGUAUUCCCAGUCAGGGACUACUAUCACAGAGCAACUCUUGAGUUUGAUGGAGUUUUCAUCCAUUAUUCUCAUCCGAAAACUUUCUCUGGCAAUCCGGGUUGGACAGCAUUUUGGUAUGAGCCAGAUAAUAUUUGUGUCAAUAUAGGGGGAGGGACAUUAGGUAGUGGGGCUUGUGGGUAUAACAGUGUUUGCAGGCUUAAUGAUUAUCAAAGGCCAAUUUGUGAAUGCCCACAGGGGUUUUCAUUGGUUGAUCCUAAUGAUGAGUAUGGCAGCUGCAAGCCCAAUUUCACAGAAAGCUGUGAAGAAGAUGGGACUACUUCUGCAGAAGAUGCAUACGGUUUUGUGGAGCUAAUAGAGACUUUUUGGCAGACACCUAACUAUGAGCAAUUGAAUCCUACUAGUGAAGUGGAGUGCAAAAAGUCUUGCUUGCAAGAUUGUUUUUGUGCUGUUGCCAUUUUCAGAAACGAUAGCUGUUGGAAGAAGAAGCUGCCCCUCUCAAACGGCCGAAAGGACAGCAGUACUAAAGGGAAGGUUUUCCUCAAAUAUAAGAAAGGUAGUCUUCCUCCACAAAGUGAUCGGCUUUCUUUUUCAGUCAAGAAAAAGAACCAUGGGACUUUGAUCCUUGUGGGAUCAGUGCUCUUAGGUACUUCCUUUUUUGUCAAUUUUGUAUUGGUUGCUGCUUUUUGCUUGGGAUUUUUCCUCAUCUACCACAAGAAAAUCAUAAAAGUUGGCCGUGGCGAUAACAUUGUGGAAACAAAUUUGCGUUGCUUCACCUACAAAGAGCUUGCAAAAGCUACAAAUGGGUUUAAAGAAGAACUGGGAAGGGGAUCUUUUGGUAUUGUUUACAAAGGGUUAAUACAAAUGGUUGCUAGAAAUUUUGUUGCUGUCAAAAAGCUUGAUGGGGUGAUUCAACAUAGCGAGACAGCAGAGAAGGAAUUCAAAACCGAAGUCAAGGUGAUAGGCCAGACUCAUCACAAGAAUCUGGUUCGACUACUUGGAUUCUGUGACGAGGGACAGCACCGAAUGUUAGUUUACGAGUUCUUGAGUAAUGGCACUUUAGCAAGCUUUCUUUUUGGAGAUUUGAGACCGAGUUGGAGCCAAAGGAGCCAAAUUGCCUUGGGGAUUGCAAGAGGACUCUUGUAUCUACACGAAGAGUGCAGCACCCAGAUCAUCCAUUGUGACAUAAAGCCUCAGAAUAUACUUCUGGAUGAUUAUUACAAUGCUCGGAUUUCUGAUUUUGGGUUGGCAAAGCUUUUGAAGAUGCAUCAGAGUCGAACAAACACCGGUAUCAGAGGAACAAGAGGGUAUGUUGCUCCUGAAUGGUUCAGGAACAAGCCAAUUACAGUGAAGGUUGAUGUGUAUAGCUUUGGUGUGUUGCUACUAGAGAUCAUAUCUUGUCAAAAAAACGUGGAAAAUUUGGAGAUUGGUGGAGAAGAGAAAGCAAUAUUAACUGAUUGGGUUUGUGAUUGCUUUGAGGCAGGAAAACUUGAUGCUUUGGUGGAAAAUGAUAUGGAGGCCUUAAAUGACUGGAAGAAGCUGGAGAGGUUUGUGAUGGUUGGCAUUUGGUGUAUUCAAGAAGACCCUUCUCUAAGACCAACCAUGAGUAAGGUUACCCAAAUGCUGGAAGGAGUUGUUGAGAUUCAGGUGCCCCCAUCUCCAUUUUCUACUACUGAUUGA